UGUUCCAGUGGUCUCAAAUAUACAGAAAAUAUGAAUAUUAGGCAAAAUCUAAGUGUUGUUCUAGCACUUGUUGUGCUUGGUAUGGUCCUGAUAGCAUUCAUUAUGACACGACAGGACAUUAAAGAUUUAACUGAAAUUUACCGAGCGAGACGCAACAUGGAGUCGGAUACCCAUAAAUCCCCUCUGAUUGUGUCCCCGGAGGAAGGUCGAUUUAAGGAACAGAGAAACGAGCUGUCCAUGGUGCUGAACAACCUGCUUAUGCUGUACGGCCAGCAGAGCUGUCAGAUACUCAAACUCAGUAAGUCUCGGUUAAAAGUUUCUGAAAAUGGCGGCUGGUGUGCGGAUAUGAGUAGCGGAACCGGUGGGGCACACAAGUGGGAUAAGGGUUUUUCUAAAGCCCUGAGCAAGUUCUUUAAAGGAAAAACUGUUGGGAGCUUCGGCGACGGCCCUGGUUUGUAUAAGAAAAAUGUAGAGCUUUUGGGUGAGGUGAAGAGCUACACGGCCUAUGAUGGGGCCCCUUACUGCGAAACAGUGACCAACGGAACGGUGAUAUUUUUAGACCUGACAGUCCCCCAAUACAACCUUCCAAUCUUUGACUGGGUCAUCAGUGUGGAGGUGGGUGAACACAUUCCGGCCAAGUUUGAAGAUAUUUAUCUGGACAACUUGGCCAGACAUGCCAGGGAGGGUAUUGUGAUGAGCUGGGCUGUGCCAGGCCAAGGCGGCUUAUCCCACGUAAACAACAAACCACUCGAGGAAGUCAAGGAACAGAUGAGACGGCGUGGGUUCGAAUUCAGCUUGGAAAGCGGCGAACCGCUUCGUAAAGCAGCCUCGUUCAUGUGGCUGAGACAGAAUGUUCAUGUAUACAAUCGUGUCUCACCUAGCUCUUUAGUGGAGGAGGACGCAUAACUGAGUUCAUGUUCACAUCCGUUUUGUUGUGUUAUGUUGUGUUAUUAUACCAGCAGUGAUCUUUUACUUACAUUUCAUUUGGUCAUCAUCGUAUUCGCUUACCUAACCUUUUUAUACAUGUUUGGUUGUAUUUAUAAUGUUUAUAAUGUUCUAUGCUUUUUCCUGGUUUAAUUAUGGAUGUUUUAAUAAGAUAUGUUUAAAAGCGCUAUUUUAACUCGUUACUUUUUGUGAUAACACCAACACACCAACACACACACGCGCGCGCGCGCACACAUACACACACAGACGCUACACACAAACCAAAUCUAGUGAAGUUAAGGUCAACCCAACAUUUAGUUCACGUGGUGCUAAAUUCUAUUGUAAAUUACCUUUAAAACGCAUUCAGGGGGCUGUUUAAUGUGAACCGACUCGUGGAAUGUUACUUUUGAUCUUUUAUAAUUUACCCAAUAUGCAAUGUAUUUGGCAGCUUAAGCGGAGAACACAUUCUGUUGAUGACAAUUUUAAAUAGGUCUAGAUCUCUCUAGGCCAGUUCUUAUUAACCUGCGUUCUAUCGAACCCCAGGGGUUCGGUAAGUCAGUCGCAGGGGUUCGGCGGAGUUCAAGACACACACCCAAGACACACACCCGACACAUGAUUUACGAUCCGAUUUUUGUAAGUGCGAACGUUAGAACUAUUUUAGAAAGGUUUGGUGAAUGGUUGGGUUCGGUGAAUGGUUGGGUUCGGUGAAUGGUUGGGUUCGGUGAAUGGUUGGGUUCGGUGCCUCCAAAAAAGUUUAAGUACCUCAAGUCGAGGCUGAUGGUAGCCACACAGGGUAUCUUUUAUAAAUAUAGCAAUGUUUUACUAACCAGCGAACAGUUUACCAGUUAGUGUGAAUGUUUCACACUGUGCUAAUUGUGGCAUGUUUCACUUCAUGAAAUUCCCUUCACAUUUUUUAUUUAUUCAAACGUUUAACCUACAUUUAUUUCUGCACCGCUUGAUAAAAAUAAGUCAAGGCUUUGAUACAGCCAGUCAAUACACAACUCAGUAUCGCCUUUGGUGUUCAGAAAAGUCAAGUACUUGUGGAUAUUAAAAAACGGCUUUAUUAAUUUUUGUAUUGACGAACUUUUUCAAUCAUUUCAAAAAGUCUACUGUCGCCGUUAGGUUAAUGAAGGCGUUGGUGGGAGAUUACUUCAAAGGGUGGCUGUUUAAAUCUUCAUCUAUCGGAUAAAGUUGAAUGGAAGAACAUGUGUGGGU